AGAUGUAAGAUGGCGCCUGUCUGAGACCGAAAAUAAGAUUGAUUCAAUUGUUUGUCUUUGAAAAGCAUGUAUGCAGUAUAUCAGAUCAAAUGGUAUAUAUUAUGAUAUCGCUAAUACAUACAGCGUUUUAACAUACUUGAUUCAGUUAAAAGUAUUACUGGGUUGUGUAACUUUGAAUAAAGUAAUAUGCAGACCUGUAGGAUUUACUGAAUACUACUGAUGCAGUGUUAGAGGAAGGAUCAUAGAUUAACAUGAGCCUUAUAUACAGAGCAUACAUUGAAGAAGUGAUUGUAGAAAUAACAAGCCUUUGAUGGAAUGACAUAAAAAACAUGGAGUUUACAGCUGCAAAUGUGGAGCAGGUGGUCCGGCAGUUUUACUGCCAGGGCUUUGUGCAGCAGGAAAUACAUCAAUGGCUUACAAGUGCUCAGUUCUCUCCAGCUGCUUGGGUUUUUAGCUGGGAACUCAUUAGCCCAUCAAAGACCAUGGAAGUACAGUUCUUUGGUGCCAGCUGUCUUCAUGUCAAGAUUGCAAGAUUUUGGGCUGAACUACCCCCAGAGCAGUACCAUACACUUAAAGAUCAACUGAUAGAAAAAAUUGCACAGUUUGCCAAGGGACCCAAAAUUGUCCUAACAAGGCUUUGCAUUGGGCUUUCAUCACUGAUACUUCACCUUACACCAGAUCACUGGGCAGAUCCUAUUCAGUCGCUUAUUUCUCUCUUCCAGCAGGAAAACCCAAACCUUGAUAGCACACAGAGGUGUCAUCUUCUUUUAGAGAUUCUUACAGUGUUACCAGAGGAGUUUUUCAGUUCAACUUUAACUCAGAGCAGGAGAGCUGAACUUCGUCAUGAACUUUCAAAAGCUCUACCUCAUGUGAUGUGGCUUCUACAAAGUCUCCUGAACUCCAGCAACUUAGUGAGCAAAGUCCGUGAACAGGCUUUGAAAAGUCUUGCCAGUUGGGCCGACUUUGGGCUUGAGCCUGAGCAAGCGGAACCCCUUGUGACACUUGUGUUUCAAGCAUUAAACAAGCAUGAAACAUUUGACACAGCAGUGGAUACUCUCGUAAAAAUAUUUUCACACCCUGACAUGCACAGGUAUCCCAACACUCUUCAGAAACUGCUUAUGCAUGUACUGCGUCUGCAGGAAAUGUUUCAAAAGGCAAUUGUAGAAAAGGAUAUGGAAACUGUUCAUGGUCUUUGUCGUGUUGUGAUGUCAGCAUUGGAAAAUAAUACAAAAUUGCUGGUAAAAUAUAUACAGGAAGGAGGUGAAAAGAGAGAGUUUGGGCUAGCACUUCUCAACAUUGUCAUAUUGUACACCUUUCCGCCUGGCCAGUUUCCAGUGGACGAGAAUUGCAGUGACAUAUCCUUCACUUUCUGGUACAUGCUGCAGGAUGAACUCUUCGAGUGUGAGUCAGGUGAACUUAGAGAUCUUGUACCAAUCUUCCAGCCACUGUACUAUAAUCUUAUCCAGGUGUUGCUCGUUAAGGUUCAGUAUCCUGAAGAGGAAGAGUUUGAAUCCUGGUCCAAAGAUGAGCAGGAGGCAUUUCGCUGUUUCAGACAAGACAUUGGAGAUACAAUGAUGUAUGCCUUCAAUGUUGUGCGUGAGCCAGUCUUAGGGUUUUUCUGCUCAACGCUGGGCCAGUUGAUAGAGCAGAGUAAGACACAGGCCAUUCGGUGGCAGACUGUAGAAGGCAUCUUCUUCAUGUUUGGAUCCAUGGCUGAGUGUGUGGAUUUGGAGGAGACUGUCUACCUCCCUAUGCUGAUGAAUAUGGUUCCAUCCAUAAACUUCAACAACAUAACACUUCUCUCUACAGCCCUCUACAUGAUAGGAUCGUUUGGGGAGUGGAUGAACAGUCACCCAGAAAUCUUGAGCUGUGUGUUGCCACUAGUCUUGCAAGGUUUGAGCAACAGCAAAGUGGGCACCGCUGCUACCAUAGCCCUGAAGGACAUCACUCGGGAAUCUCUUGACCAUAUCCGUCCCUUCAUCCCACAAAUUCUUUCCACUAGUCAAAACAUUCUCCAAAAAGACAUUCUCCUGGAGCGGGAUGCCAUGCGGCUGAUGUCGUGUGUAGGGCAAGUCUUGUCAGUCUUGCCAAUCCCUGACAUCAUGAACUAUCUUGAUGCCAUUUUAGUACCACGCCUUACCAACAUGCAGCAGCUAGUCAAACAGGAACCCAGUGAGUUGGUACAAAAGCAGCUGGUGUUUCAAGUGCAGCUUCUGUCCUGGCUGUUUAGCACCCUGGACACUGAACGGGAUACAAAUGAACAGGAAGGUCAGAUGCAAAAGCAUCAUUCAGGUCCAAAGCCUGUUUAUGUGGUGAUGCAGCAGAUUUUGCCGACAGUCCAAGAAUUAGUGGCCAAGUGGAAAACGGAGACAAGUGUUGUGGAGGCUGUGAGUGAGAUGUUUAAGAAAUCACUGACCACUCUUAUGGACGAUUUCCAGCCCUUAGCCAAUAAUGUAGCAGAUAUGAUGAUACAGAUGUAUGAGUCCACACCUCAUGCCUCCAUUCUGGAUGUCGCCAGACAGAUUGUAUUGCUGUUCGGUUCUGAUGCAUCGUUCACACAGUACCUCAACACCUUGCUAAAUGUUGUUUGCAACAAGACACUUCAGAUGUACCCGGCAGUGUUGAGAGAGCCCGAUGUUGUGGAAGCCUUCAUGAUUUUUCUUGGAAAUCUGCUGAAAAAGACUAGACGUCUCCUUGUUUCUAGUGGGGUAAACUUGGAAGCGAUCUUGAAAGCAGGUAUUACAACAAUGGCAGUUGCUGAACAGUGUGUGGUCAAAGCUAGCUGCUUUUUUGUGAUUGAGUUUUUGACAGCUGGUUAUGAAGAAGAGAGCAUCAAGGCAGUUGUGAACAACAACAUACAGUUCAUCCUUGAUAGGGUGUUAAGGGCCAUAGGAGGUGAAGCUGCUCGACACAUUAUGGAGAUCAUCUCAGAUGUCCUGCUGGCCUGCUGUAAAUACCAUUUUGCUGUUGUCAACACAACCAUCCGCCUUCUUCUCGAGACAGAGGGCUACCCCUCUCCACGGGCCUCCCCACAAGACAAGCAAAACUUUAUCAAGACAGUAAUAAGUGAUAAAAGCAACAAGCGCAGGAUGCGAGAAAUUGUGAAAGAAUUCUCCCUUUUGUGUCGUGGACUGUUGGGCACAGAGUAUGUGGAGGUGGCAAAACAGUUUUUGUAGCUCAAAACUCAGAAUGGUGAUCAGCUUUGCACACUGCUGGAUUAAAUGGAUUUUGGCCACUUCUGCUGCCAUCUUUCUUCAAAUUGGCAGAAGGGGGCUAAGACUGUGGAAUUUUCCCAACCCAAGUGAGAGAAUGGAGAAAUGCUUGUGUCCGUUUACCAAAAAAAAAAAGGGAGCUUUUUUCUCCCCAUAUACAUAUUGGUGACUUUUACAGAAUGAUCUUCAGAAAGAAGUGGGGAAAAAGUAAGACAGAGAGUGCUGUAUAUUGUCCUUUUUUAAAAAAAAAUUGUGUAUGGGGGGAAAAGUGUUUGAUUUUUUGCAAAAAGUGGCAUUUGUGAUAGAAAGACCUAACUGGUCAUGGUGAACAUCACUUUUGUCCCUGUGUGUGUUGUGGGGUUUCUUGGGGGGUUUUUUUGGUUUUUUUUUUUUGAAGAAUUUUAUUUCCAUGGGAGACAGAUUCAAGGAUUGAAUGCCUCAGAACAGUUUGUGCUUCAGUGUGAUCAUCAGCAACUACCGUCUUGAAUUGGUCAUCUAGCUGGAGACUGCUGUUUUUCUGGUCAUAUGUGUCAAGAAAAGCAGAAAUGUUGCAAAAACUGCAAAACAAGACUUGUAGUGAUGAUAUAGAAUAAAGGUGGUGGUCAGUCCCUUUUUUUCGGUCACUUUAAACCCCAUCAUGUGACAGACUACGUGGAAUGACUUUGCUUCCUGCACUCAACACCCACCCUACUUGUGUCCUCCCCUCCACCCCUAAGAGACAUCCUUCAGAUACCCAGACACCUUGCUUCUCAGGCAGUCUUGCAUUUUCAAAUGGUACAUGGAUUGAAGUCUUUCACUGAUUGUGAUCAUCACAUAGCACAAGUGUAGUAUAUUCUGCUAUUCACAUUUGUUUUUGCAAAGGUAAAGAAGCAUGAGUGUGUUUCUGCUUCGGGAAGAUUCUCCUGUACAUUACAGUCACAUGAAAGGAACAGAAACUUGGUUUUGAGGCUGUUGCCUGUGGUGCAUGUGACUUGAAGAAUUUCUUUUUUUUUAAAUAUUCAUGUGCAUAAUAAUAGUGGUAAAUUUAGUUUUUAAAUAUUUCAGACAAGUAGUUAAAACCUUGUUUUGAACUCCUUUCUUAUUGUUCACCUGUAUACUUAACCGCUCUUCUCUCUUUUCUUAAUUUUACUCUAGAACUAAUGUCCAGGGAGAAAUAGUUCCACCCUGUUACUUUUUUUGUUGUUGAAAGACAUUAGAAAGAAAUUUUUCCAACUUAAUUUUGAAAUGUUAAGGAAGCCCAGCCCUAUUAUUGUUGCUAUUCCCAUGAAGUUUGUUAUUGAAGUGUCGCUUGGUGAUAAAACUGAAUUCUCUAAAUUCACAUAUGAAGUGGAAAUUUGAACAUUAUAAUGCAGGGUUGAUGUGUAAAGUGUGUAUUUAGUUUUAAGGUCAAAGUCGCUGUAGCUUUCAGCAAUAUUUGUGUAGCCCUAUGCUUGUUAGCCCUCUCACAAUAGUGACUUUGCAGAUGACUGAUUUUUUUUAGCAGGAGGGAGAAGAGGAGAUAGACAUUCAUGUUCAAUAAUUUUUAAUGAUGUCUUUGUAAAGAGUACCUCUAGGUCUGAAAACAUUAUGGCAGUCACUUAAUUACUGUUAAACAUCUCUUGUCAAGUAUUUGUCAAGUGAUACCUGUGAAAACCAGUGAUGUUUAGUUUGUUUUUUUAUAAAGUAUACAGCUGUAGGAACAAACAACCCUCUGCUUCAGAAGGGUUAACAGGCUAAAUCAACUGUAAUCAGGGAAAUGGAGGGAACGCACUUUGAAGACAGGAUUGCUUCAUUGUGAUGAAUGGCCAGUUCAUUUGUAGUAGUUUCUUUUUUCAGGUCACAAACCUGUGCAUCUUUGUCAGGGCACUGGCGGCACCGAUAUAUGCAUUGUUUUACAAGCAUGGGUGGGUGAUCUUUUCCAGCAAUAUUUUUUAGGUUUCCACUUCAUCUGUUGCUUGUGUGUUUAUAUUAGUAUUCCUUUCUUUUGUGUGCAUGUUUUAGAGGAGGGUGAGUUUUUGCACAUUUCACGUUAUGUACUCUUGCCGUGGUGCUGUAAUUUUAGGCUUUUAUGGCACUGUGACAAGAAAGCUGAAAUGGACUGCUUGACCUGGCAGUCAGAAUUUUGAAGGGCAUUGGUAUGUGUUUGAAUUUUGAUUUCUUUAAAGCAUUACAACUGGAGAGAUCACUUUCACCCAUAUUUACUUUUAUUUAUAUAUUUAUUUAUUUGCUGUCCAGGUGCUGCCAGACAUGGGGGCCUAUAGAUUUUAAAAAAUUAUUUUGCAGCAUUUGACACCAACUUUGUCAUAGUUUUUGAGAGGAGAUAGUUCAUGGAUCUAGUCUAUGGUGCAGUUUUAUUUAACAUCGUUAUUAUGCAUCACAUUAUAGCUGGCUUCCUGCAUUCCUGUACUGCUUGCUGAGUAAUGUUUGUUGUCAUCCGACUCUUACUAUGAAAUCCAGUUAUUCCAAGAAAAUGGUUUCUAAAAGAUGAGCACAUCACGUGGACACCUGCGCCUGUACACAUCGAUACAAAUUCCUGACCCACAUCAACAAUCAUACCUUUCUCUUUAGCACUCACAUUACUUUCAUGUGGGCACACAUGUAUAAGCGCACCAGAUUCUUUGUUUAAUGUGUUAUUGUUUACUCUUUUUCAAUGCAUACCUACUUCUAUGCAAUGAAAAAAGCAUGUUGACAUUUUUAAAAAUAUGCCAGUGUUUAUCUCAGUUACAUGAUGCUUGAAUGUCAUAAAGGUAAUAGGUUAUGGAAUACUCUUGCAAAGCUUUUAUGCUUUUAGAUGUCCAGGUUUUACAAGCAGGUGAUGGCCAUCCAAACCGCCCCAAAAAUAUUAUUAGUCAUCAGGUUUUGUUUUAAUGAUCAAUGGCCAUCUUCUGCUUUUGAAAAAUAAGUAGAACCAGCAGAUGAGCAGACUGGUGGUGUAAUUACAACCAUUAACUGUGAUGCACUCCUUAUUUCCUCUCUGAUAUUGCUAGCACAGGUUUUCACUGUGCACAGAUUAUCCAGGAGGACCAAUUUGUGUCAGCAUUUCUUUCUGAAACAGUGAUUCUCAGCUGGCCUUGGAUUCCUGUUUAUAAUCUGCUAAUUCAUUGGAUCCAGUCUUGGUUCUCAGAUAUGCAGAAAGCAAGGUGGUACUGUAUCUGCAUUCUUUUUAUCAAUGGCAUCUAGCUUUGCAGAAAGGUGGCUCAAAAGACGAAAAAGAUUACUAGCAUAGAGGUUGCAUGAAUAGCCUUUUAUCAUAGAUGUGUAUUCCAGUGUUUUUUCACCUGGUGGAACUUCUGCUUGUUUGUGUUAGUAGGCUUGCUUCAAUCUUUGCUGUUUUCUGUCCUUUACUACUCUUGUAUUGAUGAAUGAGGCGGGAAAUGCUGCUGCUUACAUGCUUUGACAUGCCAGCAGUCUUUGCACACCUGCCAAGGUACAUUUCUGCAUCUUGGAGCUGCAUGUUUCCCUUUUCCACUUUUGCUGAAUGUUGAAACCCAGAAUGGCUAGUUCAAUUGUCAUGAAGUAUCAUUGGUUGCAAGGAACCCUAGAUAGAGAUGGAGCAAGUCCUGAAAAUCAAGAUUGCUAUUAGGUGUGAAAGAAUUCACUUAAAAAGAAUGAUAAUAAUAAGGUAUAGGCUAGUGUAGUUUUUAGUGGAGUAUUAAAACUGGCUAGAGAUUCUCAUAAUGUUCCAGUUAAAUGUCGCAUAUCAUUAAAAUUAACAUUUGCUUAAUCCAUUUUUAAUACAAUUCAUUACUGCUUUCAUCAGAGUCUGUGCAUUAGAGCACAUAUGUAUACAUUUUUUAAAACUACUGGUGUAGCCAUUUAUACAAUGAGUACCAGAUAUCUGGUUUUAGCAGUUCAUCACGUUACAGGGUAAAUGUACUUUUAACAAUUCAGGUCCUCCUUAACAGGACAAAACCAGUUUUGUCUGCACUCUUGGUUUUAUGGGUUCCUCAGCAGAUGUGAUUAAUCUAUCUUUAUAUUUGCUGGAUAGCUCUUCACUGUGGCUACCAGAAUAGAGGAUAGGAGACUUAAGCAUGAAGUGUGAUUAAGGAUCAUGAGAUGUUUCUCUGAAAUGCUAUUUUGUGAGCUUUCUCAGUGUUAUUACACAUGAUUUAAGCAUUGAAUAUAGUAUAUCAACGAUCCCAUGUGUUUGUUACAGAUGGAGUCAUUUAAAAUACAUGAUAAGUUAUGUUUACCAGUAAUAAAGUAAGCUUAGACAAUUAGUUAUGAUGAGGUAGUAGCAAGGAGAUGUGACAUGGUAGCAGAGUCUUAAAGUAGUUUAUCAGAAAGGUGUAUCUAUCAGAAAUCCUUCUUUAAAUUCUUUGCAGAGUAGUGUGUGAUGACUUAUUUAAUGCUAGUAAUGCCAUCUUCGGGCAGUCAGUUUUAGGACAUCUUAGAAGUGAUUUGUGUAACUUGAUUAUUAAUUUUUUUUAUUUUAUGGCUGUGGUGGUGCAUAUGGGUAUACAACAAAUAUUACACCUUGCUGAAGACUUGCUUAUCAUGAUCUCCAUUAUUAAAUCCCUACAGUAUAACUUUAUUAACCCACAAUGGCAAUUCCAGAUAGUGCUCAUACUAGUAUAUAUAGAGAUACAUACACAUGUUGAAAUAAUUUCUCACACACCCACAUAUAUAUCACACACACAUAUACAUACUUCCAGCAACAGUAGAUACAGUUGGUGACAUUAUGAAACCUCAGGCUAGUACCAGAUCACACCCAUUAGAGUUGAUCAAUUAAAUGGCAAGUGGAAUGAAUGAGUUGCAGUGACGAUUGGAUCUGCAUACAGCCAUACUGCAAGAGUGAAAACUCAAUUGCCAACACAUGAUCAGAAAUAGGAUGAGAGAUGCCUUCUUAAGUCAUUGUGGAAAUGUGGGCAAGGUGUUAACUCUUGCUGAAGAUGCUUUCAUCUAGCUAGUUCCCUUCAUAGUUUUCAAAAUCUAGUUAUGGAGCUCCUAGUCUGUGUGGCGCUAUCACUGACAUAAACAUAGCCAUGAUAGAAGUGUUGCCUCCAAUAGAGUGGGAAAGGUAUGUUUAAACGUUUUUGUAAUUGGGUUAUUUUCACACUUUGUGAGCUUUGAAGGACUUCCUAAUCUCUCUUGUGUCAUCUAAGUCUUACGUGGCCUUUGGUUGUUUUUUUCUUUUUAAGGUCCAAAAUAUUUUUGAGCAUCUGGCUGUAUUCCCUUGGAAACUUUUUGUCUGGUCUAGUAAUUCUUCCAUUAGUAUUCUGUUACAUUUCAGUUUAGGGUAGUAUUUACUUGUAAAUGCUUGUACAUGCUCUAUGCCAGCAUUCAUCAGUUUUUACUCCAUUGAAUGGUAGUGGCCUUGGCCUCAGAUCUUCCUGAUGCAGCCUUUUCUGUCAAAAUAAUGUACCCAGAGUGGGCUGGACAGGAUACCCACAGAAUCUUUAAUAUCCCAAUGCUGAGCACUGACCUGUAGCAAUAUCUUAAUCCUAUUCUCACUAUAAUUUUCUUUGUUUGCUUUUGUUUGUCUUACCAGAUAGAUUCUCGUUUACUGCCUAGGAAAAAGUUACAGAGAUGAUAUUAGUGAAAAGUCAGCACUCUCUACCUUAUGCUUCUAGUAACUGAUUAUCUGGUCUGUGAUUACAGCACAGCCACACACUGACACAUUUUUUGACAUAAUGCCUUUAUGCAAGUUAGAACUUGGUAUUAACUCAUUUCCCCUUGUGCAAGUUAGAACAUGGAAACUGUGUUUCCCCUUGUAGUCUCACUUCAUGUUCCCAGUUAUACCAGGCAUGUGUGCUGUUACAUAUUACGACUCAACUUGACAAUUACUGUAGUCGAAGAGGUUGUGUGUGAGCUUAUUUCCUCAUAGUUUUUGCAAUAUGUCCAAAGACUACUCAGCCUUCAUUGGGAUGGCUGACAGCUGAAAUCUUGCCCUUAGUUAUGGACACAGUGACACUUGGGUUUAUCUUGCAACAAUCAUCCAUGGCUACUGACUUCAUCAGAGAAAACUUCUGCCCACGUAAUGUCACGUCAGCAUCACUCCCUUCACUGUGUUUAGUCUGCCUGCUGAGAUGCCUAGAGCUAGUAUUAAGAGUUGGAUUUCUGAGGCCAGUGUACUUGGCCAUCCCAUACAUAGUAAGCAGUUUGGCUUCUGUCUUUAGUCAUUCACCCAAUAUAUCCCUGUGAAACAUUUAUGCCUGCAACUAAUGAAAUAGAGUAGACAGAUACACAUAUAAAUGGACAAGGUUUUUUUUUUUUUAGUGUAGCUCUGAGAGAAGUCUUCGAAGGUUUUGGACUUUGUUGGCUUCUCUACCUUUGCUCUUUUCCACAAAGUUGUUGUCAGGGGAAAUUUCCGGUCAGACAAUGCUGCAUUCAAAGUCAGAAAACAUUAUUGAGUUGCUUUACACAUUCAUGAGCAGCCUCUAGUGAUGCUUAGUUGCCUUGAUGCUAAACUGAAAAUUGUCUUGUGAUUUGUAAAUUUGUCCAUUUACUGUCAUGACCUGGCCAUGAAAAACUUGCAAGUAGGUCAGCAAAAUGUAACAUUUAGUAGCAGUACUUUUCGAUUGGGGAUGGAGACAAAACUUGCGCUUUUAUUGUAGAGGUUUAUUAAACUGCUGGGAGUACCUAAAAGCAAAACACCAUGUGGUGGACAAACUUGCAUUCUGAACAUACAGUGCCUCAUAAUUAUUGCAGCUAGGAAACUGUGAAGAGGGUAAUUUGUUCAUAUAUGGACUUUUGCAAAACAUUUAUUUUCUUCACCUGUCUUUGCUUAAUCAGCAAAAUUAAUACUUAAACUGAAAUCGUUUUAGAUUGAUAACUUCUUUCACAUGCUGAAAUACAGAUUUAAAGUGCUGGCAUGAAAUAGACAUCAGAAAAAAAGGCACAAAAAUGAAGUAAAGAAAUAAGCAAUGUGCUUUACACUAAAUGUGAAGAGAAUGAGAAAACAUUACAAAGAUAGACACCCUUCUUUCGCUUUAAACCUAAUGCAUUAUCGUGUUAACAGAUGCAGAAUUAUACAUGUAUGAACAUGGUUUCACUAGUUUAUUCAUCUACCACUGUGGGAAAAACCGAAUUGUUGAAAAGAGACCUAAUUGCCCACACAACCAGCAUCUGGUUUUAAGGAAAAUCAUUCCACGUCUUCCCGUUGCCUGAUCUGAUUAUAGCAUGCUGGUAGAUAGGGUAAUCUCUGAAAGAAAAUUAUGCAGAAUGCUAGGUUUCUUUUUGGACACUGAACAACAUAAAUAAAAAGUGGAAGUAUUAAAAAUAAUGGAUUGAUGAUAUAAACUGAUGAAUUACCCUAUUGAUAGAGACUGAUGAAUUAUCCUGGGAUGUUUAUCCCCUCUACUUUACUGCCUGUUUCACUCGCCCCUGCCCCACCAUCCUCUUAAGUGUUCAGACAUAUGCUUUUAAAUAUGGACACUCCUCUGAUAUGAAAUCCUACCACCUUCAGCACUUGUGCUGGAUUCUGGCAUAUCCUUGUGCAACUUUUGCUUGUUAUUUCUUG